CCGUGCAAAAGAAAAGAAAAGAAAAUGUACAAGUCGAAGUUGCAGGAGCUUUGCCAUCAAAGGCAAUGGGCAUUGCCAAGGUACACCUCCAUGAAAGAUGGCCCUGAUCACAAUCCUUGCUUCAAAUCCUCCGUCUUCCUCAACGGCACCUCGUUUCACUCGUCCGUCCCUUUCAAAUCUUGUAAAGAAGCUCAAAACGACGCCGCUAAGUCCGCUUUGCUUCACUUCACUUCCUCUUCCUCUUAUUCCCUUGCUGCUGCAAAUCCUGUUCAAGAGGCUGAUUUGGGAAUGUACAAGAAUCUGUUGCAAGAGUUGACUCAGAGAGAAGAAUGGAGUUUACCAGAGUAUAAGACAACUCAAUGUGGUGAGCCUCAUAGGCCGAAGUUUUUCUCUACCGUCCAAGCGGAAGGACAUGUUUUUCAUGGGAAAGGAGGGAAAUCCAAAAGGGAAGCCGAGAUCAACGCUGCUAAACUUGCUUAUACCAAUCUAAUCCAGCGCUUAAAAGGGGAAACUCUCAAAUCUGCUUCCGGUUCAGACUUGACCCCUGCUGUAGAAAAUGAAGAACAUGCUAAAGAAGAUGCAGUGCGAGAAGUGAAAAAGGGAGACAAAGAGGGCUCGAAUUCAAUCUCUUAUGAAUCAACAUAUUUCGACAUCUCCUGUCUCUCGAUUUCGGACUCGAAAACGGAGGAAAUUCGGGGAUCGAGGAGCUAUCUACUCAACAACAGGUUCAGGGUUUAUCCAUGCUACCCUGACAUCGCAUUUCCACAAGGCAUCACCGUGGUGCCCAUCAGUGAGGAUAAAUGGGUGGCUGUGAGCUUGGAAUUCCCAAAUGAAACAGAUGAGUGA